AUGCAGCGGUGUUUGGCGGAAAAAUGCAAAUGCAUUACCUUUUCCACGGAACAAGUCACCAUACAUGUUCCAACCCCCAACCUGGAGGACCAGGAUAGUGUGAUCGUCGGACCUCUACCCAUUGACCAACCUGGUGUGAGAGACUCUGCGUUCCUAUCAGACAGGUCAUUCCGAGUGAGAAUAGGCUCAACCUAUUCCUCUCCAGCGCCGGUCUCCAUUGGAGUUCCUCAAGGCUCCGUCUUGGGACCACUCCUGUUUCUGAUCUACGUCAACGACCUCCCAGACGUUCUUGCGAGUCCAUGUUUACUUUUUGCGGACGACUUGAAAUCCUGGAGUUCCAAUGCCAGCGCCCUCCAAAUGGAUGUAGACGCUGCCAAGCAGUGGUCGUUGGACUGGCACCUUCCUCUGAAUGAUGAAAAGUGCGUCCAUGUGUCGUUUGGAGGGGAUUCAGCGAAUGCCUUUGUUAUGCAUGGUGAAAAGGGACCAGAAAACAUCAUGAGGAUAGAUGCCAAAAAAGAUUUAGGCAUCUGGGUCUCCUCAAACUUGUCCUUCGCACUACACCAUGAGAAAUCGGCCCAAAAGGCAUUCGCCGUUUUACGGAUGAUCCGACGUACCUUCUCCCGUAUUACUCGCAUGGACUUCCAAAUACUCUAUGGGGCCUACGUCAGACCGCUCCUGGAGUACGCCAACCAAGUUGUCUACUCAGGACGUACGAAAGACGUUACCCUCAUUGAGCGUGUCCAGCGGGCCGCCACGAGAAUGGUUGCCGGCCUCAAGUCCGUGGACUACGAAACGCGUCUCGCGACGCUUGAUCUCUUUCCCCUGGAGUACCGUCGCCUCCGAGGGGACCUAAUUCUUACCUACGCCCUGUUUGAACAAAGCUUGGCAAACAGGUUUUUUACCGUUGACCCAGCAAACACCCGGCGGGGACAUACUAUGGAACAUCUAAACAUCAAUGGAAGCCAGAAGCGGACCGACUAUAUUUCCUGGGACGAGUAUUUCAUGUCCGUAGCUCUACUAUCGGCGAUGCGGAGCAAAGACCCAACUACCCAAGCGGGAUCGACUUUGAACCAUCUUCACCCCUGCCCAGAUACAGAAAUCACACAAGUGACCAUGCAAGGCGCCGAACAGCCUCCCAAUUCCACAAAGUUUCUCAUCUCACUCUCAAAACCAACAGUUGACCGUUUAUCAAGCGUUGGUGCGUGCAUAACGAAUGAGGAAAAUAAAAUUGUUGGCAUUGGUUACAACGGCAUGCCAAGGGGACUUUCUGAUGAUGAGAUGCCCUGGGGUAAGACUUCUGAGAACGAGCUGCUGAAUAAAUACUUCUAUGUGUGCCACGCGGAACUCAACGCCGUUCUGAACAGAAACCACGCGACUUCCUCCGGUUGUACAUUGUAUGCUUCCAUGUUUCCAUGCAAUGAGUGUGCAAAAGUCUUAAUCCAAGCAGGAAUCAAAGAGGUCGUGUAUUUUGAUGAGAAAGAAGGCGAUAUCGGAGAAUACGUAGCCUCCAAGUUGAUGUUGGAAAAAGCCGGAGUUCGUAUAAGACCGUUCAAACGAACUGGACGAAAGAUCACAAUCGACCUCGGCUGA